GUCUGGCAACAUCCAGCAGAGCUGACCAUCGUUCUGAGGUACGAUCACGUGCUCACCUGACGGCAACACCACACAGUGCUAAUAAACGCACUUCCAGUCAAAAUAAACCUCUUACUGAAGAGGAUCUAGAAACAGUUCUUGAUUUCUCAGAAGGAGAAGUGCCUUAUGAUGAAACCGGAAAAAGAUGUUAUUCUCGAGCGUGUGAGAAACUUGAUGUUGUACCAUCUUCGUAUAUACUGUCCAAACUUGCCAAUUCAAAAUGCAUAGACUGUAAACAUUAUGGACUUGGUCCGAAAGGAACUAUGGCAUUAUCUAUUGCUCUUGUUAUUAACUUGAAAGUUUCAUCUUUAAACCUUCAAGGCAAUGAUAUUGGUCAAAAAGGAAUAUCCUACAUUCAGAAAAUGAUCAGUGAAAGUCAUACGAUAACAGAACUGAAUAUUUCUGACAACAAUAUCGGCAGUUAUGGGGCAAAUGCAAUACAAAAAAUGUUGGCUGACAAUCGGAGCCUUCGUAAACUGGAAAUGUCAGGUGAAGAAUUUACAAACUCGGACGCUAUUCCGAUAGCUAAAGCAAUUCAGGAACAUCCGGAAUUAGAACAUGUCGACCUGAGUCAUAACAACUUUGGUGACGACUCGGCAGCUUUAUUUGAAGAAAUGAUAUCUGAAAGUAUUUCUCUUCAAACCUUAAAUCUCAGUUGGAACCAAUUUAGGAAAGAAGGAGCAAUAAAAGUUGCUAGGGGUCUUAAGGAAAACCCAUACCUGAAAGAUUUUAACUUCUCAUGGAAUGGCAUCGGGGAUGACGGAGCAUUUGACUUCGCAAAAACUUUAAAAGUUAACAGUGUGCUCACGACACUUGACCUCACGUGCUGUAGGAUCGGCCAUGAUGGAUUCAUCAAACUCAUUACAGCAAUAAAUCUGAAUGAAUCACUACUUCAUUUAAAGGUCGGAAAGAACAAUAUCCCUGAGGAAUUUGCAGAAGCAGCUCUUGCUAUUCUUAGAAAUUGUCCAGUGUUAACGUUGGAAACACUCGAUCUCACGGAUUGCACAUAUAGUCCCAAGUUUGAGGAUCACAUACAAAACCUUAAAGAUAUGCAUCGUCACAUAAAUGUCCUUUACGGAUAUGCAUUAAACUAUGGCAAGAACAAGACGGAUUCUGUUGCUGAUAUUUUAAAAGAAGGUCUUGAGUGCCUGAGAGAUUUCUGUAAAGAGAACAAUGUGUCUCUCGUGGAACUGUUUGAAAGAUUCGACUCAGAUGAUUCUAUGAGUGUUAGUUUACAAGAAUUCCAAGAAGGGCUAAAGGAGGCGGGUGUACCAUUAUCAUUAUACAAAAUUGAGAUGUUUGCCAAUGCUCUCGACAAAGACGGUGACGGAGAGGUAGACUACAGUGAGAUAUAUCAGGCCAUGAUGACAUUGAAGUGAGAUGGUACUUCAGAUGAAAACUGCUGAACAAUCAUGACUCGAAACCAAAUAAUGUCAUCUUGCCAAACAAAACAAAACCGGAUGGGAAAAAAACUUUUCUGAGAACAGAUGAAAAUUUGCAUUGUUAUACAUUCACAUCACCUUGAUAUAUUACAAUAUUUUUGUUGUAUGACAGUGUGUUAUCGUAUGUAAGAAAGUAUUUAAUGCAUCACAUUAUUUUGUAUUGUUACAGAGAGACUGAUAAAUAUGCUGAUAUUAGAGAAGAAAUUUAGAAAUUUUAUAUCUAUUGUGUUAUACGAGCUACAGCUGUAUAUCAUGUAUUGUGUACUAGUAUGUUCUGGAAUAAAAUAUGUAUAAAAACUUUUAACUAAGGCGCUAAACAUAUUAAGAUGGGCACAUGUUUAUUACCUGAUCAUAAUGGAUAAUCCAGUCAAUGUUAUUAAAU